AUGAUAAGAAACAGUUACCUUUUCUGGGGUUUGGAGGGUCUCGCAAUCUCCACAAGCUUUGCACUUCGGUCCAGAGCUGUGGCAUUUGUCAGAUGGAAUCCAUGGGGUCAGCUCCUCCUAGAGAAGAUUUGUGGUCUAUGGGCUCUCUUCCUUGUUAUUUGGAUCACGCAAUAUUCCCUCUGGGCAACAACACCGAGAAAUUACCCAUCACAAAGCCUCAAAAUACCUGCGUGGCUGUCUGUUCUUCUGGGUAGAUUCGACCCGCAGUCGUGGAAAGCCUCUAUCGCCACGCUUGGGGUGAAUACCUUGUUCCUCCUGGCGGCUGUCGAUUUCGUUUAUCGCAGCUCAUUGCUCCACGAAAGCCGAAACUUGAGCUUUUCACGUAUGGGGCACACCAACGCUUCAAAUGCGAACAUCGUCUUCAGAUAUCCGGCUGAGGCUAAAGUCAGGAUUCAGUAUCGUCCCCAAACGGGUGCGGAAGCUUCCACAUGGCUGAAUGGUCCUGUAACAUCUGUCACAUCACACAGUGAUUAUAUUGGGUCAUUCUUGCUUCGGAAUCUUGAGCCCGACACCAAGUAUCAGUACAGAACCAAUGCUAGCCAUAGCGGAACGUUUAGGACACCUUCCAAGCAUCCCAAACGGUGGACACUGGUCUCGAGCAGCUGUAUUAAGCCUUUCUAUCCCUACAAUCCCCUCGACCAUGCCUUGAGCAUGCGUGGUUUUGCGCAUCUCUCUCGCUACAUUGAGAACACCCAACCAGAUAUGAUGCUGUUUCUUGGUGAUUUUAUCUAUAUUGAUCUGCCGAGACGUUUUGGAUACGAGACAAAACACUAUCAGAAUGCCUACAGGCAGAUAUAUGCCUCGCCUAGCUGGACGGAAACCCUACGGGCGCUGCCUUGGAUACACACUUACGAUGAUCACGAGAUCACCAACAACUGGGAUGCCAACGAAACGGGAAUCUACCAUCAGGCUAUUUCCCCAUUCAUGGUUUAUCAGUAUCUUGGCAAUCCAGAACCGCCCAAGCCCAAAGUCACUUACCAUCAAUUUUCCCAUGGAGAUGUUUCCUUCUUUUUGAUGGACACACGCCGAUAUCGGUCUCCGUCUUCAGACCCCGAUGGAGAGCACAAGUCAAUGCUUGGGGCUGAGCAACGAAAAGAUUUCGAGGACUGGAUUAGGAAUGCUCCAGGUUGGAAAGUUGUGGUUACUGGCGCUCCAUUCACACGUAAUUUCAGGAGUGCGGAUAACCAAGAUACUUGGGCCGGUUACCUGUGGGAGAGACAAAGACUGCUGAAUCUGAUGUGGGAAACGGAUGGUGUUAUCAUCCUUAGUGGUGAUCGCCAUGAACAUGCGACGACGGCAUUCCCUCGUCUCGGGCACAAUGACUCUUCUGUCAUUGAAUUUUCUACUUCACCACUUAAUCAGUUCCUACCUCCUGCUCCUGACUACGAGCAAAUAGAGGAUACAGAUGUGGGGAUUUACUUUUUACACGCUGGUGAAUCCAAGUUUGGGGCCAUCACAUUUGACACGUCAGAUGAGAUGGUGUGGCGAGCGGAAUUCGAAUUAAUUGUAGAUGGUGAGAAAAAAUGGGAUUACGUGAUUCUGCAAGAAAGAUCAAAAGAAAAGAAAACUAGAAACUAA